AUGAUCUCAUGGCGGGUUGGGCUGGGGCGUACGGAGUCCGUCAAUAACUAUGAGGGAGUUCUGGUUUCUCUAGAGGAGGCGCAUCUACACAGCCACUCGGCACGGGUUGGACGAGUCGAGUUUGAGACGCAAGACGAAAGUGCGGGAGAUGACGAUGACGAGGAUGUGAACUCGGUCAAGGACGAUCAGGGAGAGGGGAUGCUAUUGAUGAAUGCCGCUGAGUACACAAUCGAAGGCCUAAGGGCAGAGAUGAGGCAGGGCAAGCGAGGCGAGUGGACGGAUUAUGAGAUCAAAUCCAAGCUCAUCAAUAAGGCAAUUCAAGACAUUGGCAUGGGGCGUUACAACUGGCAGCUGUUUAUCCUCUGCGGCUUUGGAUGGUUUGCCGAUAACUUAUGGUUGCAGGGCGUUUCACUAACAUUGCCAUCACUAUCAGCCGAGUUUGACAUACCAGAAAAGACUGUGAGAUAUACGACGAGCGCCUGCUUUGUCGGGCUCUCUCUCGGUAGUUUCCUUUGGGGCAUAGGAUCGGAUCUCUUUGGCCGCCGAAUCGCAUUCAACAUGACGCUACUUAUUACGAGUAUCUUCGGCAUCUUGUCUGCGUACGCUAGAAGCUGGGGAGCCGUUUGCUUCCUCUAUGCAGCGUUUGGUUUCGGUGUCGGUGGAAACCUGCCCGUUGAUGGAGCCUUAUUCCUGGAGUUUCUGCCAGAUGCCUCCAGUUCGCUGCUCACGCUGCUGUCCGUAUGGUGGCCCAUCGGGCAGCUGGUAUCUUCUCUCGCAGCCUGGUUCUUCAUCGCCCAGUGGCCUGUGGAAAUUGGUUGGCGAUACUUUAUCAUGACCAUUGGCAUCAUCACCUUUGCAAUGUUCUCCAUCCGCUUCUUUCUCUUCCACAUGUUUGAGUCACCGAAAUUUCUCCUCAACCAAGGCCGCCAGAAUGAAGCGGUUGCUGUCGUUCAUGGCAUCGCCUAUCGGAAUGGUUCAAAGACAUGGCUCACCUCGCAGAUUCUCGACCAAGUUGCGGCUGAAGAUCCCGAGCAAUCCGGUCAUGGCGCUCAGCAAUAUUCCAUGUCCUCGGUUCCGCGAUCGAACAUCCUCAGGGAGAAAUUCAGUGGGUUCUCAGGGGAUAGACUGCGGCCGCUAUUUCAGACAAAGACUCUAGCUACUGCUACUUCUCUUGUGUGGUUUUGCUGGGCAACCAUAGGGAUGGGAUACCCGCUGUUCAACGCCUUUUUGCCCCAGUACCUUUCUCAUCACGACGGCGACUCGAGUAGCCAAGCUAUGCAAGACGAGACUUCGGCAAUUUCUGGCGUCACAUACCGUAACUACGCCAUCACCUCGAUCAUGGGAGUCCCCGGUAGUCUCCUUGCCGCUUACCUAGUCGACCACCCAUCUCCUUUCUUCGGCCGUCGCGGAACCUUGGCCAGUUCUACCGCCGUCUCAGCACUAUUCCUCUUCGUCUUUGCGGCGUACGGCACCACGCCGACGGCUCAGCUCGUCUUUUCUUGCAUCGAGGCUUUUGCCCAGAACAUCAUGUAUGGCGUUCUUUAUGCUUUCACGCCGGAGAUUUUUCCUGCCCCCGUUAGAGGCGCGGGCACAGGAGUGGCCAGCUUCCUCAACCGAUUGACAGGUUUGAUGGCCCCGAUUAUAGCAGCGAAUAUUCCCGGAGACGGGUCCACCACGCCCAUUUAUAUGUCUGCUGUUUUAAUCUUAGCAUCUUUUGUGGGAAUGUGCUUAAUUCCCAUUGAAACCAGGGGCGCGCAAAGGUUGUAG